GGUUUUAUUUCACACGAAGAAAGUAUCAAUAUCUAUUUAUAAGUGGAGGGAGAUCCAUGCAAAUAUUCCGUAGCUAUAAUUAACGUGAAAAGUGAUCGAAAGGUGAAAUGUAGAAACACUGUUUUAUAUGCAGUCGCAGUACCUACUUCAGAAUUGAGAAAAAUAUUGACAUUUUCUGACUAAUUAUCGUUCGAUGUCCAACCAAUCAAUUGCGAGAUAUGGUUUAUUUCCAAACCACAAUUCGAUUUUUUUAAGCAUUUCCAUUGCCUUCAUCCCAUUCACCGGUUGUUGUUUAUUUGCGUCUUAUCAUUGAAGCAACCGCUGAAAGCGCUACAAUACAUUAAAAUACGUAUGAUUUGUUGUGUAUGUGUUGUCACCGGUGUAUAUAUGUGUAUGAGAAGAGCAGCGCUUGUUGAAGGGAGUGAUGCGGCACAUUACAGUUGUUUAUAAUAACAAAAUUCUGAUAUUUUCGUUCUCGAAUAUAGCCUGCUUGCCUGGCUGGCUGGAAUUUUGUGUGUUUGCAAUGACAGUUGAAUAUCAGACGAGCAACUGAAACCACCUGUGUGAGUGUGGUACUAAUUCUCUCCGUGAACAAUUCCAAUUUUAUUUGAUUUGCACAUAAAAAUUGACUUCAAUUAACUUUUGUUAGACAUUUCUGAUAGUCCAUUGAAAUGGGGCUAAAGGGUUUUAGCCUUGUGACUGCAUUGAUUGCGGUGGUUGCGUAUGUUGUGUACCAAGUACUUUUCGCACCGUUACCACCACCAAAAUUUGAUACUACUAAGUACUGGGGUCCAAGUUCACGAGCAAAUCGAGUAGAAAAGACCGAAGUAAAACCGUUUAAAGUUGAUUAUACCGCUGAUGUCAUCGCCAAAUUACGUAAUCGCCUCAGUGAACCACUGCACUUAGUCGAACCAUUGGAGAAUGUUAACUUUCGAUAUGGAUUCGACAAAUACAUGCUGGAAAAAUUGAUUAAUUACUGGCGCGACGAUUAUCUCACACGUUGGGACGAACGGCAAAAGUAUUUGAACGGAUUGCCACAGUUUACAACGACAAUUCAAGGUCUGAAAAUCCAUUUCAUUCAAACCAAAAAUCAAACGGUGAAGGCAAAGAAUGUGAUUCCGUUGUUGUUGAUCCACGGCUGGCCCGGUUCAGUGCGUGAAUUCUACGAAAUAAUUCCAAAAUUGAACAAAGCAAAGGAUGAUACUGCCUACAUUGUUGUGGCUCCAAGUUUGCCUGGCUACGGUUUUAGUGAAGGUGCCAGCGUGCCAGGCUUGAAUCCAACUGAAAUGGCCGUUGUAUUACGAAAUUUGAUGAUCAGCUUGGGAUACAAUAAGUUUUUAGUUCAAGGUGGCGAUUGGGGAUCGUUGAUUGGAAGCUCAUUAGCGACACUCUUCCCCGAAAAUGUAAUCGGUUACCAUUCAAAUAUGUGCGCCGCAAUGUCCCCUGCAAGCACCUUCAAAGCCUUCAUCGCUAGCUUCUAUCCGAGUCUUUUCGUUCCGGCAGAACAUGCCGACUUCUUUUUUCCCAUGGGAGAGAAAUUCGCCUAUUUAAUCGAAGAAAGCGGCUACUUCCAUCUGCAGGCAACCAAACCAGACACAAUCGGUACGGCUUUGGCACACAAUCCCGUUGGACUUGCUGCAUACAUUCUGGAAAAAUUCUCAACAUGGACCGAUAAGAAUAAUCGUGAUGCAAAAGACGGCGGUCUUGAUAAAUCCUAUGCAAAAGAUGCGCUCUUCGACAACCUCAUGCUCUACUACCUUACCAAUAGUAUAACGACAUCGAUGCGUUUGUAUGCGGAAGCAUUUGGAAAGCAACACUUCGGUUUGCAAAUGGAACGGGUUCCAGUACAAGUACCAACUGGAUGUGCACGUUUCAAGCAUGAUUUGGCCCAUGAAUUCGAUUGGCAACUCAAUGUAAAAUUCCCAAAAUUAAUUCAUAGUACAUAUCACCGCAGCGGCGGCCAUUUCGCUGCAAUGGAAUUGCCAGACGUUUUGUACAACGACUUCACUCAAUUCGUUAAAAAAUUGAACAUUACCCAAUAGACAUGUGUGGGAAAAAAAACAUUAGAUUCUAUAAAAAUUAAUUGAAAAAAGGGAUCAAAAGAUUGAAAUAAAGUAAAACAAAUCGAACGAAUAAAUGGAAAAAAUUACGAAUAAAAAA